AUGGAUCGAAGAAAUUGUGAUCGAGGUAUGAUCUCGAUCAGUUUUAAUCAUAUUGAUCCGUUAUUUAUGUAUACACAAUUGUUAAAAGAAACACUUUUGGAAAUUGAAGAUGAUGAUGUGAAAUCUAUUAAGGAACUCGUUGAAUACUGUCGUCUUCACAGUGAUGUUUCCGAAAAAACACUUGAAAAGAUCGAACAAGAAUAUCGUGAUCAUACACCCAUUUGGUGGUACACGGGUCCAUAUUUUAUCUACUCAAUGCUCAACCGUGGUCUUCAACAAAUGGAUGUCGACAUUAUACUUAAAAUGGGCUUUUUUAUUCGCCAUCUACAUCAACAUAUUACAGACUUACAUUGUGAACAGCAAAACAGCAAAGCAGCCAUGCCAUCAAACUUUCAAGUUUUUCGUGGUCAAGGCUUAUCCAUGGAAGCCUUUGAAAAAAUGAAGAAAACCAAAGGUGGACUUAUGUCCUUUAAUAAUUUUUUGUCGACAAGUUGUAGUCAUGAGAAUUCUUUACAAAUCUUUGCACGAUCGGCAGCAUUCGAUGCGGAUUCAGUUGGGAUCCUUUUUGUUAUGAACAUCGAUACGGCUAUUUGCACAGCAUCAUCGACACCUUUCGUCAGCGUGAAAAAUGUUGGCUUUUACCACGAUGAAGACGAAGAAAUUCUUUUCUCCACUCAUACAAUUUUCCAUAUCGAUCGUAUAGCACGUAUCGAAGACACGCAUACAGAUCGACUCUGGCAAGUCAAUCUUACCCUCGCUGGUAAUCAAGACGAUGAUUUUAAUAAACUUACAGCACAUUUACGCAAAGAACUUGACGUCGUGGGAACAGGGUGGUCUCGACUGGGUCAAAUUCUUAUUAAGUUGGGCGAGCCUGCAAAAGCAGAACAUCUCUAUCAGCUGCUUCUUGAGAAGGCAUCUUCGGAUAGAUACAAAGCGCAGUAUAAUGGUCAACUUGGCUCGGUGUAUCAAAGCAUAGGAGAAUACUUGAAAGCAAUAACAUUUUACGAAAGAGCAACAGAUAUCGACAAGAAAAUGAGCCCUCCGAGUCAGCUCAGCUUGGCUGAUUCCUACAACACCAUCGGUUUGGUGUAUGAUAACAUGGGUGGGUACUGGAAAGCACUUUCAUCUUACGAACAAUCACUUGAAAUUCGAAAAAUAGCUCUUCCUCCGAAUCAUCCCGACUUGGCUUCUUCCUACAACAACAUCGGUUCGGCAUAUUAUAGUAUGGGCAAGUACUCGAAAGCACUUUCAUCGUACGAACGAUCAUUUGAAAUCAAAAAAAUAGCUCUUCCCCCGAAUCAUCCCGACUUGGCUGCUUUCUAUAACAACAUCGGUUUAGUGUAUGAUAACCUGGGCGAGUACUCGAAAGCACUUUCAUCGUACGAGCGAUCACUUAAAAUCCGAAAAAUAGCUCUCCCUUCGAACCAUCCUGACUUGGCUCAAUCCUACAACAACAUCGGUGUGACGUAUAAUGACAUGGGCGAGUACUCGAAAGCACUUUCAUCGUACGAACAAUCACUUGAAAUCCGAAAAAUAGCUCUCCCUCCGAACCAUCCCGACUUGGCUACUUCCUACAACAACAUCGGAGGGGUGUAUCAUAACCUGGGCGAGUACUCGAAAGCACUUUCAUCGUACGAACGAUCACUUGAAAUUCGAAAAAUAGCUCUUCCUCCGAAUCAUCCCGACUUGGUUCAAUCCUACAACAACAUCGGUGUGAUGUAUAAUGACAUGGGAGAGUACUCGAAAGCACUUUCAUCGUGCGAACGAUCACUUGAAAUCCGAAAAAUAGUUCUCCCUUCGAACCAUUCCGACUUGGCUAAUUCCUACAACAACAUAGGAGGGGUGUAUCAUAACAUGGGCGAGUACUCGAAAGCACUUUCAUCGUACGAACGAUCACUUGAAAUCCGAAAAAUAGCUCUCCCUCCGAAUCAUCCCGACUUGGCUGCUUCUUACAACAACAUCGGCAAUGUGUAUUAUAACAUGGACGAGCACUCGAAAGCACUAUCACGGUAUGAACGAGCACUUGAAAUAAAAAAAAUAGCUCUCCCUCCGAAUCAUCCCUCGUUGGCUUCUUCCUACAACAACAUUGGUUUGGUGUAUGAUGACAUGGGCGAGUGCUCGAAAGCACUUUCAUAUUACGAAAAGGCGCAAGAUAUCUGGAAAAAAUCACUACCAUCAAAUCAUCCACAUAUUGCACUUGUGAAAAGAAACAUUGACAAUGUAAAAAAGAAAAUGUGA